UAUGUAAAGGCAGGGUGACCUGUGUUUCCUCAAUAAGGACAGGAAACGCAGGCAAGAUUUUUUGUCGGAGGUACAAAACCAUGGCACAGCUGAGGUCCCGCAUCUUUCCCUUUAAAGAAGCGCAGUGAUGAGUCGCGGGGAGAGAGAGGCUGCGAGCUCACCGGGAGACCCGCUGGCUAUUUAUGUGUCACAAUUAUGAUCAGUGUCGACGAACAGACUGUUUCUUACAUUCAUGGGAUUCGCUUGUGAUGGCAGCUGGACGCUGAAGAGGAGAUCCUGAGAUUUUUCUGGCUCAUAUGGAGCUGAAAUCUGAAGGACGCGCUAUUAUUUUUCUCCGGCGAAUGAUUUUUGAUCAAAGAACUGGAUUAUGAAACCAAUUUGUAUAAACCAUUUAUGCUUUGUCAGCCCCGUGUGCUGUCAAAAAAGAUUUAAAGGCUGAGGAAAUUAUCAUGGCAUAUGCUGCGCGUAAUUAUUAGAUUGAGUUUUGUGUGGGUUUUUGCGACGCAUGGCGUAGGUUGCAGUGAGGAUGUGAUCAGACAGGAAUCCCUGGUUUCUCGCUCCGCUGCCUCCCAACAGAGUCGCUCAUGAUGCCCAGAGCUUUGCGGAGACUGGUUCAUUUGGUGCUAUUCUGCCCUCUGUCCAAAGCCCUGCAGAGUCGUCUCCCAGCCAUCAAGGUGAAAUACCUUCUCCUGGCAUGGCUGGGCAUCCUCAUUGCCAGCUGGGUCAUCUACAUGCAGUAUGCCUCCUACUCUGAGCUCUGCCGUGGGCAUGUCUGCCAUAUGGUCAUUUGUGAUCACUACAGAAGAGGUAUAAUAUCAGGCUCAUCCUGCAAGGCAUUGUGUGAUCAGAGAUCUCUAACCCUGCAGCGCUGCAUGUCCACCUCCUCUACGCAUCAGGUGUACAGUGGACUGUGGAAGGAGAGACCUGUUGUGAUCAAGUGCAAUAUUGAGGAUCAAGUGAAGACCGACGGGACUCCGGACUCUGUGCUGCGACAGGAGAUGAGCUUGUUUGACAAACCCACACGUGGAACCUCUAUGGAUGAAUUUAAAGAGAUGCUGCACAGUUUCCUCAAGGCUAACCUUGGUGAGCAGCCAUCUUUGAGCACUUUGGUGGACAGGAUCAUCACCCUGGCCGAUGUCAACCAGGAUGGAAAAGUGUCUCUGGCGGAAGCCAAGUCUAUCUGGGCUCUUCUCCAGAUCAAUGAGUUCCUCCUGAUGGUGGCACUGCAGGAGAAGGAGCACACCCCCAAACUGCUAGGCUUCUGUGGAGACUUGUAUGUGACAGAACGUGUGGGCCACAGCUCCCUCUACAGGCUAGAGGUGCCUCAUUACCUGGAGGCUCUGGUCCCAGAGGCCUUGAGUUCCAGCCUGAACCACUGGCUCGCACCAGCCUGGCCCCGCAGGGCUCGCAUCACCAUCGGCCUGCUGGAGUUUGUGGAAGAGGUCUUCCAUGGGUCCUACGGGAGUUUCCUAAUAUGUGAUGCCAGUCCUCGCCACGUGGGCUACAACGCAAAAUAUGACUGCAAGAUGGCCAAUCUGCGCAGUGUGGCAUCUGAGGCAGUUGUUCGGGGAUAUUUGAGGGGACGCCGCUGUGAGACAAAUGCAGACUGUACAUAUGGCCGUGACUGCACGGCCACCUGUGAUCGACUAGUGAAGCAGUGUAAUACUGAGGUUGUACAGCCCAAUCUUGCCAAGGUGUGUGUGUUGCUGCAGGAUUUUCUGCUUUUUGGAGCACCUUCAGAUCUCCGUGGGGAUCUGGAAAAGCAGCUACGCACAUGUGUGACACUCAGCGGUCUGGCAAGCCAGAUGGAGGUUCACCACUCUCUAGUCCUUAACAACCUGAAGACAUUAUUGUGGAAGAAAAUUUCUAACACCCAGUACUCUUGAAAGCAGGUUGAGACCAUUCAAUCUGUAUUUCUACAUAAUGAGUUAAUUCUUACAUGAAAAUAUGAAUAGUUAUUGCUGAUAAAACUUUGCAAAAUGUUUUAGAGGGUGGUGGUGUAAAUGUAUUUUCACUCUACAUUGACUGUGAAUAACAGGAAACUGUGAAAUAAUGAAUAUACAAUAUGAAACAGCAGAUAAAACAAACUUGUUCCCUUAAAACUCAUAAAUGCCCUGUCAUGCCUUUUUUUUUCAAAUGCUUUAUUUUGAGAAGCACAUUCAUCUAUUUAGACAUAUUGUUCUCAGGACAUUGCCAAUAAUUUUAUUUGUAAAAUUCUGUAAUUAAAUAAUUUGUUUUUAAAAUAAAGAAACCAACACUGGAUGAUUUAAAGAUUAAUACAUCUUUUGUCUGUUCUCAGUAGAGACAGAAUGUCAAAUUGUGAUGAGGUGUGACAGUUUUUAUACAACUGUAAAUAAUGUUAGACCAUUGUUGUUUCCUGUGUAUAGGUGAAUCUGCAUUUAAAGCAGAGAUAAGAUACAAAUAAUGGAUGGAACAAUGCAGUUUUACAGUAGCCCUGAAAUGUCCUUCCUUGCAUUCAUCUGAUAUUGAUAAUGCAUUCAAAUCAAACAUGAAACAGACUGGAGUUGUAAAGGAUGAUCAGAUAUGAUUAAACCUCACUGGUCUACUAAUCCAUAAAUAAAGUUGGUUCAAAAA